AUACCAAGAGAAAGUAGUCCGUGCUCUAGCCAAGCACCUCGGUUGCAAUUUGCUGGUUUUUGAUGUCGAUGACACACACGACGCCUCUCUAAAGGUAGAGGCCAAGAAGCUGCCCAACUCCUACGAACUGUACCAGUUUCGUACCCGUCUUAGAGAUCGCUUCAAUAAGACCACGGAUUCG